CAUGGCUAUAUAAGGAUCAGCUCUCCUGUUUUUCCUGGUAUCUGCUGUUGGGUCGCUUUCAAGUUCAGCCAUGUCCGGACGUGGCAAGGGUGGGAAGGGUCUGGGCAAAGGCGGCGCGAAACGCCAUCGCAAGGUGCUGCGGGACAACAUCCAAGGCAUCACCAAGCCUGCCAUCCGCCGCCUUGCCCGGCGCGGCGGGGUCAAACGCAUCUCCGGCCUCAUUUACGAGGAGACCCGCGGGGUGCUGAAGGUGUUCCUGGAGAACGUGAUCCGGGACGCCGUCACCUACACCGAGCACGCCAAGCGCAAGACGGUCACGGCUAUGGACGUGGUCUACGCGCUCAAGCGCCAGGGCCGCACCCUCUAUGGCUUCGGCGGCUAAUGUUUCUGUUUUCAUUGCCAGGACCUUGUAUUUGCCAACCAAAGGCCCUUUUAAGGGCCAUCCAACUACUCAAAAGAAGAGUUGUACUAUUCAUUACCUAACACUUGAUUCUGCACCUAAAGCUGUAGUUCAAGUCAACAGUAAUACUGAUACAUCUAGAGUUCGA